AGCUUUGCUCAGAUGCUCACUGCCUGGGCCCCUUGAGUGUGGUUUUCCUCCCGGGCCAGCACCAAACCCCAGAAUAGUGCGGCUGACUUGCUGAUUGAGGUCAGCAGCUCCCCGGAGGCACGAGAAGCCAGAGCCUUUGCAGAAGACGGACUCACCAGGACAAACAUGAGGAGCGCAGCCAAGCCCUGGAAUCCGGUCCUCAAAGCGGGCAGCCAUGGGACAGACCGGACGCGGCCCUUGCCGGCGGCGCCCUCUGGCAUGAAGAGUUCGAAAUCUUCCACCUCGCUGGCGUUUGAGUCCCGGCUCAGCAAGCUCAAGAGGGCCAGUAGCGAGGACAUGCUCAACAAACCGGGAAGUACCACCGCUUCCGGGGUGGUUCGACUGAAAAAGACUUCAACAGCUGGAGCCAUCUCCGAGCUUGCAGAGAGCCGCCUGCGGAGCAACCCAGGGGCCGUGCCAACAACCAAACGGACAGGCAUUCCAGCUCCUCGAGAACUUUCAGCAACUGUCUCGAGAGAGAGAACCGUGCCACGCGGUCCCUCCAACCCCAGGAAGCCGGUGUCCAGUCCAACUUCUUCCAGCACGCCCACCCCUACUAAGCACCUGAGGACCACUUCCACGAGACCCAAGCAAGAGCCUGAAGGCGGGGAGAAGGCUGUGCUCGAGUCCCAGGUUCGGGAACUUCUCGCCGAAGCCAAAGCGAAAGACAGUGAAAUUAACAGGCUUCGAAGCGAACUGAAGAAAUGCAAGGAAAAAAGGACUCCAGGCGCCGAAGGAGCUGAGGCUUCAGACGCCAGCCCAGACAGAACCUCCUCCUUGCUGGGUGACUCAGAACCCCUGAUACGCACUCUAGAGGAGAAAAACAAGAGUUUCCAGAAAGAACUUGCAGAGCUCGAGGAGGAGAACCGGGCCUUGAGGGAGAAACUGACUUACCUGGAGCAUUCCCCAAAUUCAGAGGGGGGCGUGAGUCACACUGGGGACAGCAGCUGCCCGACGUCCCUAACUCAGGAGUCAAGCUUCGGCAGCCCGACAGGGCAUCAGUUGUCCAGGGACAUCGAGGAGUUCGCGAACAGCAGACACGGAAAUGCAUUACGGACAUCGGGCUCUUCGAGCAGCGACGUUACCAAAGCUUCUCUGUCCCCCGAUGCCUCCGAUUUCGAGCACAUUGCAGCAGACACCCCCUCCCAGCCCCUGUCCUCCACCAGCAACCCCUUUAAGGGCUCCAGGUGUUCGACCAGCGGCAGUUCCCCUAACAACGCGAGCGAGCUGUCCCUGGCCUCCCUCACGGAAAAGAUCCAGAAGAUUGAGGAGAAGCAUCACAGCACGGCUGAAGAGCUCCAGGCCACUUUGCAGGAACUGUCCGACCAGCAGCAGAUGGUACAGGAGCUGACCGCUGAAAACGAGAAGCUCGUGGACGAGAAGGCACUCUUAGAAACGUCCUUCCACCAGCACCGGGAGAGAGCUGAGCAGCUGAGUCAGGAAAACGAGAAACUCCUGAACCUCUUGCAGGAGCGGGUGAAGAAUGAGGAGCCCGCGGCGCAGGAGGGAAAGAUCCUCGAGCUGGAGCAGAAGUGUGCGGAAAUCCUGGACCAGGGCCGCUUCGAAAGAGAAAAGCUGCUCAACAUCCAGCAGCAGCUGACCUGCAGCUUGCGGAAGGUCGAGGAGGAAAACCAAGGCGCUUUAGACAUGAUUAAACACCUGAAGGAAGAAAACGAAAAACUGAAUGGGUGUCUGGACCUGGAACGGCGGAAUAACGGCGCAAUGGCUCAGAGUCUGGAGGAGUGCAGAGCCACGCUCGAAGGGCUGCGGGUGGAACACGGGUCGCUGAAGGCUCAUUUGGAGAAUGAGAAGCAGAAGGCUACGGAGACCAGCCCCGUGGGGCACACGGCCGAGGGCCGUGAGGUUCAAGAGAUGUUGAGGGUUGCUCGCGCCGAGAAGGAGCAGCUGGAGCUGUCUUGCACCGAGCUCAAGCAAGAGUUAGUGAAGGCCCACAGUGAAGUCAAACAUGUUUCGAGCCUGCUGGCCAAGGUGGAAAAGGAUUAUUCUUACUUGAAGGAGAUAUGUGACCAUCAGGCAGAACAACUGAGCCGAACCAGCCUGAAACUGCAAGAGAAAGCAUCGGAGAGUGAUGCAGAGAUUAAAGACAUGAAGGAGACCAUAUUUGAAUUGGAAGAUCAGGUGGAACAGCAUCGGGCUGUCAAGUUACAUAACAACCAGCUCAUCAGCGAGCUGGAAAGCAACGUGAUGAAGCUGGAGGAGCAAAAGUCAGACCUGGAAAGGCAGCUCAAGACCCUAACUAAGCAGAUAAAGGAGGAGACAGAGGAAUGGCGGCGCUUCCAGGCGGACCUCCAGACGGCGGUGGUGGUGGCCAAUGACAUCAAGUAUGAGGCCCAGCAGGAGCUGCGCGCCGUGAAGCGGAGGCUGCUGGAGGAAGAGGAGAAGAACGCCAGGCUGCAGAAGGAGCUGGGGGACAUGCAGAGCCACGGCAGCUCCAUGGUCUCUGUCAGCUAGCAGAGCAUUUGCUGGAAGAAAGACAGCCCAGCCCUUGCCAUGAUGGGAAACUACAGCCAUUUCUAUAUGAAGGGGGGAAUAAUGUGGGAGAGAAAUUACCUCUUUACAAAGAGCCAGAUUGUCACCGUGUAACAGCCACUGUUUCACGACAGAGUCAUGGCGAUCAAGUCUCUUUCCCUUUUUUUCUACAUUUUGGAAUCAACUCAUUGCACGAUCAAAGAUGAUCCUUCCCUCUUUUUUCCCCCCUUCUUUCUUUUUCUCAGAAGAUUCGGCAGUCUUUUGUUUGGAGCAUAGAUGAAGUUCUUGAAAAAGACAAAGUACAAGCAUGGUGUGAAACUCACUUUUUUGUAUGCAGCUAGGGUGUGCAGCGCACUGGUGAAUGUGGCCCGUGCCUGUGUCUUACUUUUUGGAAUUUAUUUCUGUGCUUCCUCUUGAACAUGGUACCUGAUAAUCUUGGCAUUAACACUACUUACGGCAAACCAGGAAGCCGUCUGUGUCCCGUGUCCUUCUGAAGAAGCUAGCAGGUUCUGCUUCCCUUCUAUCAAGUCCCGAACGAGCCCUUUCCAGCUGGGGUCUGACGUCGUUACCUCAUCCGAAACAAGCCACCACUAAGUCAGGGUUGGAUUUCCAGAAUCUACACUGGGCUCCACGCAAACUGAUGUUUGGCUGACCAAAAAGGAUGUAGUCGAGCCAAUUUGUUUACGUGGUGCCCGUGCCCUUGGGAAUCAGACUAAAAAUUAAGGAACAACUACAACCAGCGCCUCAGGAAUAAAACUUAACCCAGAAACUGAAAGGCUUUGAAUCCGGAAGUGGAUGAUUCAGAGUGGUCCAGAGUUCAGAGUGGGAUGUUGAACUUGGGAAGUACAUAGUUUGUUGAGAUCUGCACCAAAUUCAGUGGCUCCACAAGGCCCAGCCUCCCUUGGCUCUCACUCCAGGAGCAACUGUGCCCUCCAGAUGGUGGCCGGUCUUCGCUACAUGUCCCCAGGAUGGGACAGGAGCUCCUGUCUGGUGCGAGGGCGUGAGGAACAGGAAGGCUCUUUAACGCAGGAGGACAGUUGGGCAUGUCCAGCUGGAGAGCCCAGAAUCCCUAGAAAAAUUUCGUCUGGUGGUAGAAGAGAGGAGAUGGGUGCCUCUUCCAUGAAAAUGGCUUUGAUGCUCGCUGGCACCGUCCAAUACACCUACUGGGAGCUCUUUACCUCAGACUGAGAUUUUCUUGGAAUGAUCUCACAUUCACUUGCCAGGUGUUUGCAAACGUAAAUAAAAGGAAAAUCACCUCCACUUCAGAUACACAGCUGUACUCGCAUUGAGUAUCCCGAUCUGUCUGUAUUCUGGGUACCAUUAAAUAUUUUUAUACAUAGGCAUUCAUGAAGUGCUAAAUAAAUGCAUUAUUAUUCAGAAGAGUCUGUUGCCUGAUUUGUCAUCACUGGCCAAGUGUGUGCGGGGCCUUCAUGUCCGUCUGUCCUGG